AUGAAGUCGUCCAGCUCGGCCCCAGGGCCGGCCGAAUCUAUUCUGGCAACACUCAAUACCGCGCAGUGCCGUGCCGUCACCUCGAGUGCGUCUACGGUUGCCAUCCUUGCCGGUCCUGGAAGCGGAAAGACGCAUACUCUGACUUCUCGCGUCGUCUGGCUCGUGGAUAACGUCGGCUAUGCACCCACCGACAUCAUUGUCGCCACCUUCACAGUCAAGGCCGCGCGGGAGAUGAAGGAACGCAUCGCCAAGGCCCUGGGCGAUGACCGUGGGAAGCGGAUUGUCCUCGGCACAUUCCACAGCAUCGCUCGUCGGUAUCUUGCCGCCUACGGAAAACACAUUGGCCUGGACGAGAAAUUCGCUAUCGCAGACGACACAGAUUCGAGGUCCAUUAUCCAGAGGAUCUGUAAGCGAUUCCAGCUCUCGGUGGAUCCUGCGGGUGCAAGAUCAUGGAUCAGUAAGAAAAAGGCAAAGGGCGAAAACCAAACGCCGGCAAAACGAAGUGGCAAGGAGGUUCCCCAAAGUCCCGAUAUGGAAACCUGCUUUCGAGAGUAUCAGAGCCAUCUCGAACGCUCGAACCUGCUGGACUACGACGACCUGCUGACUCGGUGUGUUGAGCUGCUGCGGAAGCAUCCCGCAUGUGUCGCCAACGUCCAGGCCGUGCUCAUUGAUGAGUACCAAGACACCAACGGCAUUCAGUACGAGCUCAUGAGGCUGUUCGCGCAGGCAAGAGAGAGGAUCACCAUCGUUGGAGACCCAGAUCAAAGCAUUUACGGAUGGCGAUCCGCCGAGAUCAAGAAUCUGUACAGGCUUCUCAAGGACUACCCGAACGCGGAGGAGAUCUCCCUCGAGGAAAACUACCGCUCGUCCCAAGCAAUUCUGGACGUGUCUCUGAAGGUCAUCCAGCAGGACAAGAAACGGUACCAGAAGGUGCUGUUGCCCAUCCACAACAAAGGCACCAGACCCGUUUUGCGGCGGCUUAAGUCUUCGGCUGUCGAGGCUGAAUGGAUCGUGUCGGAGAUCAAAAGGACACUGUUGAUGGCGGGCAAGAUGCUCACCCACGAUGACGUGGCAAUUCUCCUGCGAUCGGCUUCCCUCUCGAGGCAUAUCGAAUCGGCCCUUGGCAAGGCUGGAAUGGCUUACAGAAUGGUGGGCGGGUUUAAGUUCUACGAUCGCAUUGAGGUCAAGGUGAUCCUUGAUUAUCUGCGUGUCAUACACCAGCCAGACAACAACGAUGCAGUGGCUCGCAUCAUCAACGUGCCUCGCCGCGGCAUUGGAGACACGACCAUCAAAGCCCUUCUCGAGGAAGCCGAAAGCUCCAAAUUGAGCGUCUGGGCGUUGCUGAAUAAGCAUUGCCGAGGAGAGCGGCAGGCGAAGACCAACAUCAAGAAGGCCAUGGAGCAGAAGAUCAGUGGAGACCUGCUAAGGCUAGUGUCAGGAGUCAGGAGGAAAAUCAAAGAGCCCCCGAACGGGAGCCCCUACUACCACUUGGUUGAUCUCAUCGAAAACCUGCUCUCGCAGCUCAAUUUCCAGGCCUACCUCCGAGACAACUACCCCGAGGAGCACGAGGCACGGUGGGCCAACGUUCAGGAGUUCAUCAGCCUGGCAGGAGAUUUCAUGCGAGAUCUAAGCGCAACGGCCGAUGAAGAUCGUCUCCCGCAAGUCGACGGUGUUCAACAAGUGCAGGAGAAUGACGCUCUUGGGCGCUUCUUGGCCAACGUGUCUCUGGCGUCGGACGCCCAGCAAAAAGGCGACGCGGACAACAAGCCGAUGGUGACCAUCUCGACCAUCCAUGCAGCCAAGGGACUGGAAUGGCCGGUCGUCUUUGUCCCUGCGGUGUACAAUGGAUCUAUCCCGCACAUGAGGUCGGAAGAUCCUGACGAGGAGCGCCGGCUCCUCUACGUGGCUAUGACACGGGCCCAGUCGCUUCUCUAUCUCAGCUGCCCAAUGUACAGCUCGCAGAACGGAGGAAAUGGGGGUGAGCGUACUGAGUUGUCGAAAUUCAUUCCAUCGGAGAUCCACCCAUACUUUAGAAAAUGCGGCCCAUCAUUCGAGCCUGGGAUUCUGCAAGAAAUCGGGCGCAUACUGCGCCGAGAGUCUGAGGUGCCGUCGCAAGACAAAGUUUAUAAAGACAUGCCGCUCCUGGAAAGGCCCGAGGAUAAUCUGUACCCAGAGGAUCCGGAGAGCUCCUUCGGCGAAGCAGACGCUGGUGGUAGAAGCCGGCAAUGGCAGCGACGUCCUCGGCCGCAGGCGGUUUCGGCAUCGGAAGAGGGCGACUCCCAGCCGGUGCCGACGUGGCAUGCUUCUACGACGAUGGAUGGUGCUUCCAACUUCACGCUGCCUGGCUUCACUACCGCAAGCGCAGCCCAGGCGAUGCUUGCCGCCGCGAAGGACAUGGCGACCUCGGCGCAGCGCAGCGACCAAGGGCGUCAAGGAUCGGCUGGGCCUCGGAGGGGAACGACAAAGCGACCGGCCGACCAGCGGAGUCUUCUGGGUUUUGUCAAGAGGUCCAGAUCCGAUUUGUCAGACACAGCUGGCCCUGUAGCCAACCGUGCGCCAGCUGUCCAGUCACGGCUGGCUCUUCAAGAACUGCCCGAACUCCCGAAUCUGUACCGGGCGCAACGGUCUGCCCCGACCAUCGAGCCUGACCUGGGCGGGCACAGGCUUGGAGCAGGCAAGCUCCCCGUCAAACCGGGGAGGGCAGCUAUUGGAGGCAUCGCGGGCCCCAAAAAACACUAUGCAAACUUUUCGAGUUCUCCUCCUCGGCCAAAGUCUCCCGAGAAGGAAAACCAAAGCACAGACGAGCUGCCGACGAUCAGAGAGCGGCCGGCUAGCUGUUUGCACGCGACCACGACAACGAAUGGCUUUGGGGGCUUCAAACGGCCUGCUGCUUUGAAGAAGGAGGGGGGGAUUGCGCCGAUAGACCGGCUGAGGAAACCCUUCAAGCCGCUGACGAUGAAUAGGCCAUGA